AUGCUGGGGUUCGGAAAAUUAACUCAUAUCAAUCAUACUAUUGUGACGUGUGUACGUGUGAAGUGUUUAAGUACCUGUUGCCCGCCGCCCAAAAAGGCAACUGGAUGUAUGCCCGGCGGUAAAAGUAUUGGAAAAUGCAUACCGCCUCCUGGGAAAUGUGGUGGUGCCAGACCUCCUAUACCUCCGAACCCCUGCGUUCCACGUUUUCACCACGGAACAGAUACAUGGAAGAAAUAUAGGUCUCUCGCACUGUUCGUUUGUAUCCCUUUAAUAAUUGCGCAGGCAAUGAAUGUAUUUUCCCAUUCGCCUCCGCCCAAAGGAUCUUGUCGGGACUAUGAGUACAUGCGUGUACGUACGAAGAGAUUCCCGUGGGGAAAGGGUAAUGAAACGUUCUUCCACAAUGAACAUGUUAACCAUCUGCCUGGAGAAUGCGAGCCGCCUUCCCCUGAUUGUGAUUAA